CGGAAGCUCCGUCGUCACUGGUCACUGUCAGCCCGUUGUUAGAGCGAUGUGAUACUGCUGCUGCGGGCACGGCUGCGUUGUAGCAGGAGUUUAUCUCAAACGGGACACCAAAAUGUACUAAGAAGGCGUUCCCAAUAAAAGAAACCAGGAAUAUUAAGGUGUCAGCCUCUACUUGCCAGUCUACACAUGCACAGUACAUCCUGAGUGCUGGUCCGGGAGGUACACACCACAGCAUGUCAUUGUAAAGAGAGAGCAUAUAAGGCAUAAUGCAGUCUUCAAACCACCGACUGCGAGAUAUGGAGCAGCACCACCCACUGCUGUCUGCCGGGGCAGAUGUCGAGACAGGGAGCCUGGCAGCCGGAGUGAUGGUCGGUGGUCCUCACGCGGGCCACACAGGAGGGAAUCGCACACUGUGGUUCAUUCAGGACAGCUGCGGGAUGGUGUGUGCGACCAUGACCUGGUUCCUGGUGCUGUACGCUGAGUUCGUAGUGAACUUUGUCAUGCUGCUGCCCAGCAAGAACUUCUGGUACUCGCUGCUGAACGGGGCCACCUUCAACUCCCUGGCCGUGCUUGCAUUGGCCUCGCAUUUGCGCACCAUGUUGACUGACCCGGGUGCAGUUCCAAAGGGCAACGCAACCAAGGAGUACAUGGAGAGCUUACAGCUGAAGCCUGGUGAGGUCAUCUACAAGUGCCCGAAGUGCUGCAGCAUCAAGCCUGAGAGGGCACACCACUGCAGUAUUUGUAAAAGAUGCAUCAGGAAGAUGGAUCACCACUGUCCCUGGGUCAAUAACUGCGUGGGAGAAAAGAAUCAGAGAUUCUUUGUACUUUUCACUAUGUACAUAGCCUUGAUCUCUGCCCAUGCCCUGGGCCUCAGUGGUAUGCACUUCUUCACCUGUAUUAAAGUCCAGUGGAAUGAGUGCAGUGACUUCUCUCCAGGGGUGUCUGUGCUGCUGCUGAUCUUCCUCUGUCUCGAAGCCAUCCUCUUCCUCACUUUCACAGCUGUAAUGUUUGGUACGCAGAUCCACUCCAUCUGCAAUGACGAGACGGAGAUUGAACGUCUUAAAAACGAGAAGCCCACAUGGGAGCGUCGCAUGAGAUGGGACGGAAUGAAAGCUGUAUUUGGGGGUCCUCCCUCCCUGCUGUGGUGCAAUCCAUUCACAGGCUUGCGUCUGCGGCGCCUGUUGCUGCUGACCCAUGGUCGCCGUGGCGGGUCUGAGUUUUCUGUCUGAGAGUGGGGCAGACUGAUGAGGCUCACCAACACUUGUCCAUCUCUAAAGCAGGAUUUCUUGUACGCCCUCCUUGGCCGGAGUGAUGGACCUCUGCUCCCUGAGGCUCUCCUUCAUGUGUGGGUGACAGGGGGAGACAGGCUGCUCCAGUGGGACCCCUGCGCAUCACAACCCCCACUGAAGGUGGUAUUCUCACUCUGACAUGCUGAUGUAGACCCGACACCUUUGGUCUGCUGAACAACUGGAGUAUUGUUUUUAACAUGAGCAGCUUUUUGGUUUGUUUGUGUGUUUUUAGGUAAAGCAUGCAGUAUGUAACGCAAGUGAGUGUUUUAUUCCUUGUGAGACCGUCCAGGGUGCACUUUGCACCAACUCAUGCACCUUCAGUACACGACCUCAGCAGUUUGUUUUGUUUGCUACACACAGCAGCAAAGUGUUUUUUAAGGAGGGAUCAGCAACAAAUCUUUCAUCAUCACUGGACACAGGAUCUCAAAGGGGAAAUGCUUGAAACUGUUCUGUUGGACCCAGACAAGGGAAUCACAGUCAAGGACAUGCACUACUUACUGACACUUGAAAAACGGUCUGGAUGUGGAGUACGGUGAACAUCAAACAUGGAACUGUGCUGCCUUGAUUUGCAUGUAUAACGGCUCAAUCAACUACCUUGAACAUAAGCCUCAUUCUUAUUCAAGAGGACUGAGUGGCUUUCUGUUCAUCUCCACUGUCAUGUUUUCCCUCCUUGGCUGAAAUUGUUGAUUCUUUAGGUUACUCAGGCCAGUAGAACAGCUGACCAUAAUGUCUCUUUGGAGAUGACUACUGUUGUUCUGACUCUUCAUGUAGUUUGAAAUAAAAAUCACUGUUACAUCACUAGUACAGUCCUGAUUCCAAAAAAAAUGGGACGCUGUGUAAAACAAAUAAAAACAGAAUACAGUCACAAAGUGGUGAACCUCGCUCCAUCCUCGC